AUGACACUGGACGGUGUACUGAACAAGGCAAGAGCCCUAGAGGCAGCAGCCACACAGGCAAACAAAAUGGAAAGAGAAACUUCCAACUUCAAACAAAAGUCCUACCAUCCUGCAAAACAAAAGGAACGAGCAAACGGUCUUCAAAACGCCCGGUACAAAGUAGCUGUGAACAACGUCAAUAUUCCAGUCAUCACGGAUUCUGGCUCUACAGUGACUCUCGUAGACCGAACAGCCUACCGCCGCCUAGGAAAACCCAAGUUGGCGCAACAUCCGUUAAGAUAUACACGUACAAUUUUCGGAUAA